CACGCGCUGCCCCUUUAAAGCUGAGCCGAUUUAAGCGAGGCAGGUAACAACCAAAGCAGCCAAUCCUCCUCCCCGUCAUAGAUUAUUUAACAAGUUGUCGAGGCAGCGAAGAGCGUCUAAAGGGACCCGAAGAAGAAAACGCAUCAAAAUGUUCAACUAUUCAUCACCAAAAAUGUAGGCGGGCUGUCUAGAAAGUUGUGGGAGAAUAACGGAAACGGGUAACAGGUGUCCUGGAGCUUUUGGGAAAGCGCGCGACAGGAAACGUCAGACGAUCCGCUCGCAUUCUAGCAAAAUGGACUGGCUUUGCUAGCUCGUGCGCAUCUUUUCUCUUAGACUUCUGUUCAUUAUCACUUAACAACUGAGUAAUGCUACAUGGCCAUGUGACGUGACAUGCCGAUCGAGCUGCUCUUGCCUUUAAACGAUUUAUUGCAUGGAGUGAAUAAGAAAAUUGCGUGCUAGUUACUUUUCUGAUUAAUUUGUUUUGCACUGCGCGACACCUGAGGUUUUUUUUUUUUUUUACAUGUUCAAUGGUGCAUGAAUAGUCACCUUGGCACAGGGAGUCAUUAUGACCGUUGAGGGGACACUUCUCGCCGCCAGGCAAGGCGAAAUAGAUACUCUGAAAGUGCAAUUAGAGGAAAAAGUGCUCAAUAGUGAUGUAAAGGACUCUCUCGGAGCGACGCCCGUGCACCACGCGGCGCGCGCUGGCAAGCUCAACUGCCUCCAGUUCCUGGUGGAAGAAGCGGGCUUACCGGCGAACAGCCUGGCUCAUAACGGCGCGAGCCCCGCUCAUGACGCAGCCGCCACCGGCAACCUGGAGUGCCUGCAGUGGCUCCUGUCUCAGGGAGGCUGUCAAGCUUCGAGUAAAGACAACUCAGGAGCCACCGUCCUGCACCUGGCUUCACGCUUCAGCCAUCAUGAGGUCACAGACUGGUUACUAAAGAGUGGAGAAGGGGAUCCCAGCGUUGCCAUGGACACAGGUGCUGUGCCUGUUCACUACGCUGCUGCUAAGGGUGACUUGGCCAUGCUCAGGCUGCUAUUGGGACACAGCCCAAAUGUUGUCAACUUCCAAACCAAGAACGGUGCCACUCCUCUGUAUCUUGCAUGUCAGGAAGGCCAUCUAGAGGCUGUCCAGUACCUGGUGAAGGACUGUGGCGCAGAGCCAACUAUUAGAGCCAAUGACGGAAUGACGCCUCUGCAUGCUGCUUCCCAGAUGGGACAUAAUACUGUUAUUGUUUGGUUGAUGAACUUUACAAACAUCAGCCUGUCUGACCGGGACAACGACGGCGCCACUGCUAUGCACUUUUCUGCCAGCCGAGGCCAUGCCAAGGUUCUCAGCUGGCUCCUCCUCCACGGUGGUGAAAUUGUGACAGACAGCUGGGGUGGGACACCUCUCCAUGAUGCGGCUGAGAAUGGAGAGCUGGAGUGCUGUCAGAUACUGGUGGUGAAUGGAGUGGAUCUGGGUAUUCAGGACCAGGACGGCUUUACUGCAGCAGAUCUGGCUGAAUACAACGGACAUGAGCAGUGUGCCAAGUACCUCCGUACAGUCGAAACCAUGAGCGUGGAGCAUCGUGUCUUGUCGCGGGAUCCCUCAGCAGAGCUGGAGUAUAAGCAGCCUGACUCAGGCCACUCAUCUCCAAAUGGCACGUUAAACACGGCAGCCCGUUUCGAUAUAGGAUCUCCCUCCAGCUCACUAUCCAACUACGACACGCCCAACUCCAGUCCGUCCAGCACGGGGGAGAAAAAGGGCAGCUCUGCACCAUUACGAGUAAUAGGGGGUCCUGAGACAGCAAUCAAUGACAUGCAGACCUACAUGGACAUGCUGAACCCUGACCUCACUGUUGGGGAGCAGAACAAGAAGGGGCCAUCGCAACCUCCGCCUCCUCCCACUUUCCCCCCACCUCCUCCACCUGGCUCUUCACAAAUCCCUCCACCUCCACCCACUUAUCCUGCACCAAAUUUGUCUGAGGACGAGUCUGCUGAGUUUCUGAAGGUGAAGAGCAACCUACGUCACGUGGACAGUUACUCUGUGAAAAAAGAGGUGUCAGGAGGGGAGAACUCAGACAGACUGCGGCGGGUGGACUCCAACAGGAAGUCACGAAGCUUCAGUAAGCAGCCCAGCACUGGAGACUAUUACAAGUCCCUGGGCAACGACAUCACGGACGUGCAACCCAGGACAGACAUGGCACCUGAUGAGGAGGGUUCAGUGUUGUUGGAGGAGCCGGCUGACGCCUCCCUUGUAGUGGAGAAUGGGUCGGGAGAGAGCGAGGAGCCUCCCGCACCUCCUCCUGCACCUCCUCUGCUUCCUGCCCAGAUUCCACCUCCAGCACCCCCACUGCCUUCGGAGGUCCCUCCACCUCCCCAGAGCAACCACGCUCCUCCAGCGGCCUCCAGCCAGCGUCGCAUGUCCUCCUCCUCUAGCAGCACUAAAUCCUUCAACAUGAUGUCCCCUACUGGCGAUAACUCUGAGCUUCUAGCUGAAAUUAAAGCCGGGAAGUGCCUGAAGCCCACGCCUCACAGUAAAGGUUACACAACCAUCUACUCCAGCGGUGGCUCUCCAGUGAAUAAUGAAGAAAGUCCAGCGUCGCCACCUCAGUCCCAAUCGGAACCCCAAACUGAGCCCCAAUCUCAGCCCCAACCUCAGUGGCAGCCACAACCUCAGUCCAAUGCAGUCCAAUCGACAAAACAAACAUCUGAUCCCACUUUCCCAUCUACAUCCACAAAUCCUACGGCUUUUGGCACUUCUUCCCGGAAGAUGAGCACAUCACAGAGCUAUGAUCAUCUGCCUGUUGUGGUGAAUGGCAACAGUGCCUCGGGUCAGACGCGUAAGUCCAGCCUGGUGGAUAUAGAGGCCCUGGUGCCCACCCAUGAUGAGCAAGGCAGACCCAUUCCUGAGUGGAAGAGGCAGGUGAUGGUGAGGAAAUUGCAAGCAAAGAUGCAGGAGGAAGAGGAGAACAAGAAAAAGAUUGAGGAGGAGGAGGCCCUGCUUGCAGCCAUGCCUGCAUGGAGAAGAGACAUCAUGAAGAAAAAACUGGAUGAAGAAAAGACGGGCAGGAAGCAGAAAAGGAAAGAAGAAGAGCGACUGAAGAUAGAGAAGGAGAACGAAGAAAAGAUGGAGCUGGAACGGCUGCGUACGUUAGGCUAUGAUGAGACCAAGCUGGCGCCGUGGCAGCGGCAGGUCAUUUUAAAGAAAGGCGACAUAGCCAAACAGUAGUUUAUCCCCAUUCUGUUUCACACACAUCUCUCUGCUUCCAUCAUCUGCAGGACACCGCAUUACCCACAAUCCACCAGUUCCAUUCCACAUACUGAGAGGCUCAGCACACAGCACAGCUGUUUGAAUUCAUGCAGAUUUGCACUGUUCAGGACUGUUAACGGAUCCAUAGUACAUUGCAAUGAGAAUUAUGUGUUAUUGUAAAAGCCUAUAAUUCAUUAGUGGUCCUCUAUUUGUGCGCCUGUAGAUUUAUUACAAAUACAAACAAAAAAAUGCCUGCAAUAAUAUUGAAAAUACAUACAUUUCAAUGCACCUCACAUUUCCACAUUUAAAAAUCUUCAAAGUAUUUUCAUGUCUAGAAAGAGUAGUUAUUCUAUACAAAACGUUUAACUUUUUUUUUUUUUUUUAACCAGCCAAUCAUUCUAAAGGAAAUUUGAAUACAGCAUACUAGUUAAACAGAUUAUGCUGACAUCAAACUACAUACAAGUGCACUGAAAUAAUUAUUAAAGAGUGAUUUAACUACUUUUGGCAUAUGAGAAAAAGAUAUAUUAAUUGAUAAUAAUGUUCACAAUAUUAACCUGGACUUUUGUGCAUGUGUUUUAGUUUAUGUAGUUUGCAGUCAACCCACCGAUUAAUAGGAUUCUUAAUUGAAAUAAUUCAUUUUAUUUGUUUUUUUUUACACAGUCAUGAAAAGGUGAAAUAUAACAAUAGCCAUAACCAUAAGAUGCAUAUUGAUAUUUCCAUAAUGACCAGAAAUUGGCAGAAUAUGCUGCUGUCGUUAAUAUUUUACUGUGUAAUACAUUCUGUCCAAAAACCACACAUGUACUUUACUAAGAUUUACCAAAUCACAGAGUUUACUCUAGGGGCAGAAUAUUUGUGGUUGUUUGUCUGAACACAUGGGCAAGAUAUAUAGAUAUGGAUAUGUUAAUAUCUUAUUCUGUUAUUACUGUACAUUCAUUUUUGGUCUUGCGACCAGAAAUAGAUGAUUAUGCAUGAGGGUGUACAUCCGUUUUUAUCAGCACACUUUUCCUUCAUUACAUCUGCUCAUAACAUCCCUUGUACAGAUAGGGUACCUGGACCUUGGAAAAGUGCCGGACGUGUCUUUCUGAAUGUCUGUGUAUAUAUGUGGUGUCUGUUCUGUGUCAUAAAAUGUGUGAUAGUUAAACGUGAUGUAUUUAGAGUGUACAUGUUUUGCAAGUGUAAAAAAAAAAAUUGUCAUUCUCAUACAAAUAUGUGCAAUGCAUGCAAUAUUUGGUUUAACUUCAUUUGAUGCCAUAUUGAUGUUUAAAACAAAGCUAUACACAAACGCAAUUGCCAUUAGAACAUUUUCUAUUUAUGAAUAAUGUACAUAGUUAUACUGAGGAAAAAACUUUGCUGCCCUUUUUUUGCUCUAUGAAGGUCCAGAUUGUCCUCCUCAUCCUUUGCUUGCAUUGAUUUCUUACUCUAAACCAUCAAUGUCAAACGGGCAAAUGUAGCAAAAUAAAAAUUUGAUUUCUUGGAAUUCAUAAUGCUGUCUUUGAAUAAAUACAAA